CUUUUGCUCAGAUCUCUCUGAGCCCUCUGACUUGCACAUUCGGCAACAUCAACAACACGUGUGGCCUGAGGAAAAACAUGGAUAUUUACCGGCAUUCAUAGACGGAAGGAAAAUCGGUGAGUCAAGAAGCUCAGAUGUCUUUGAAACCACCUCCUUACCUGUUCUGGGUGCCUAAAGCUUUUUGUGUUUUCUUGUAAAAAAGUUUCCUGAUAAUCUUUUUAAAAAAAAUGGAUCUUACCGCCAAACAUGGGCUGGUGCUGCUCGAACAGCUGAGGAAGAUGAAAGAGGUCGAGCAUCUGACGGACGUGGUGCUGGUCGCUGAGGGCAUCAGCUUCCCCUGCCACCGAGUCGUUCUGUCCGCCUUCAGCCCGUACUUCCGUGUCAUGUUUACGUGUGGCUUGCGUGAGUGCAGUAACAGGGAGAUAUUCCUGCGCGACACCCCCGCGGACAGCCUGGCCCUCCUCCUCAACUACAUGUACACCUCGGAUCUUCCUCUCACCAAUGACAAUGUGCAAGGCAUAUCAAUCGCGGCCUUCCUCCUGCAGAUGGAUGACGUCUUUGCGCGUUGCCGGCAGCACAUGACCGAGAACAUGGACGCUUCCAACUGCCUCGGCGUGUAUUACUUCGCCCGCGACCUUGGUGCCGAGGAGCUGGCUGAUCACGCUCAGCGCUUCCUGAGGCAGCACUUUGUCCAAGUCUGCCAGAGUGAGGAGGUUCUGGAGCUGGAGGCCCAUCAGCUGGGGAAGCUCCUGAGUUCUGAUGAUCUCAACGUGACGAGAGAAGAAACAAUCUUAGAUGUUGUUCUCUGCUGGGUCAAGCACAACCCCCUGAUGGAUGGCGAGGUCCGCGCUCGGCAUCUACCAGAGCUCCUGAGGAAGGUCCGUCUGCCGCUUGUAAACCCUGACUACUUAAGAGAGGCCAUGAAGAGGAACACAGCACUGCUGGCUGAUGCUGAAUGCCUGGGAAUGCUGAACGAAGCUCUGGAGGUUGCCACCAUGCAUCCCUCAGCUGCACCACGCAAACUCAAGUUGAGGUACGGGAUGGAAACCACCGAGCUGCUGAUCUGCGUUGGCAACGACGGCGGGGGGAUCCGGUCAAGGUACGGCAACUACUCAGAGCGCAGCUUUUGCUUUGCCCCAUCCACCGGCCGAGCCUACUACAUCACCUCCCCUCGCUACGGAGAUGCUCUGGGAUAUGUGUGUGCUGGAGUCGUGACCGAAAACAAUGACAUCGUUGUGGCAGGAGAAGCGAGCGUGCGCCGAAUUGCCCGACAGAAAGACAUGAAGGUGGAGAUCUACAGGUAUAAAGUGGAGGCCCAGGGAAGCUGGGAACACCUAACAUCAGCAGAGUACCGGGACUCCUAUGCCCUGGCUUCCCUAGGGGAAACUCUGUACCUCUUGGGGGGGCAGAUGAAGCUGAAGAACCAGCUUCUCAUCACAAACUGUGUGGAGCGGUGGUCUCUGCAGGGAGGGCCCUGGCGGAGUGCAGCACCUCUGCCUUUGCCUUUGGCCUAUCACAGUGUGGUCAGAAUGAGAGACCGCCUUUAUGUGUUGGGCGGCCGCACCCCACAGUCACACCGCAUGGAUGAUGAGCCGGAGCGCCUCAGUAACCGCCUCCUGGAGUACGAUCCAAACACAAACAAAUGGACAGAGCUCGCUCCCAUGAAGUACUCCAAGUACCGCUGCAGUACUCUGGUGCUGAAUGGGGAAAUCUUUGUUAUAGGAGGGAUAGGUUGUGAGGGCAUGGACUGUGGACAGUCGCGUCAUUGUCUGAGUGCUGUGGAGAUCUACAACCCAGAUGGAGAUUACUGGAGAGAUGGACCUCCUCUCCCGUGCCCCCAGCUCUCGCUGCGUACCAACGCCUCUAACGCCGGAGUUGUGGGAGGCAAAAUUUAUGUUUGCGGCUAUUACAAAGGAGCAGAUCGUCAUGACGAUAUCACGAAAGACAUAUUGGAGCUGGAUCCGUGGGAGAACCGGUGGACAGUGGUGACCCGGCGCGCGCUGAUGCACGACAACUACGAUGUCUGCCUGGUGGCGAGUCUCAACCCGCGAGGGCUCAUGUCCCCACACUCAGACUUAGUCAAACUGUGAUUCACCGCUGUCAGACCCGAGUUUGGGUGGUGGACGUCAGUGAAGAAAAAUAAACAUUAACGCACUUAUUGCAGA